AUGACCGACCUCACACCCACCCUCAACACUCUAUUAACAGAAAAACACUCAUCCAAAACCAUUCCACCACCAGCAUCCCGACUCCCAUCCACCGAAACCGCCGAUGAAUUCCUCAAGGAAGCAUACCGCAUCAACUCCCACAUAGCCUCUCUCCUCCACUAUCUCCAAACAAUCCGCCACUCCUACCUAACAACAACGAAUGCGCCGCCGCCGUCCCAGCGCCAACAACUCCGCCGCACAUCCUCCGUCUCCUCAAAACACCAACCCCAACAAGACAAACAACAAGGAAGCCUAACAGACGCCCAACGCGAUGAAAUCGACACCUCAACCUCGCUCCUCCUCCGCGACCUCUCAUCCUCCAUAACCAACCUGUCCUCCGCCGAGUCGCUCCGCCAGGAAACUGAGUCUACGCUGCUGCGCAAGAAAUACGGGUCUACGACUUCUGUUCUGUUCCGCUGGGCGAGCGGCGGUCUGGAUAAGAAUGACGAGGAUAAGUCUGAUGAACAGCGCAGGGAAGAGGAAAUUGUGAGAUAUGUGCGGGUUGUUAGGGAGGGUGUUCUGUGGUUUCUGAGGAGGGGGUUGGAGGAUGUUGUGGGCGUGCAGAAGGGGAUGGUGGAGAGGAGGAUUGAGAGGGUUAGGGAGAGGGAGAAGAGUGUGCUAUAUAAGGCUGCUGCUGCGGGGACACCGGCAAAGGCGAGGGGGGAGGGUGCGACAGGCGAAACGCUGGGUAUGAGUGGUGGUUUGGAUACGCACGAUGCGGCGGCGAUCAGCGAGAACGAGGUCGCUGCGAUUGAAGCGGAACUAUCGCCCGAGCAGCUGCAGUUGUUCGCGGAGGAGAAUGAUACUAUGUUACGGUAUUAUGAGGAGACGCUUGAUAAAGUGCAACAUGCGGAGAGAUCCCUCCUCGAAAUCGCCUCCCUCCAACAAACCCUCGUCGGGCAUCUGGCCACGCAAGAAGACUACAUCAACCAGCUGGUUACGGACGCGAGUAAUACGACGACGAAUAUUGGGGAGGGUAAUAAGGAGUUGAAGCGUGCGACUGAGCAGCGGAGUACGGCGCAGGCGGUGUUUUGGGGGACGGUAGGGUUGUGUACAUGGUUGGUUAUUUGGGAUUUAGUUUUUUGA